AUGGGCAAGAACAAGUCCGGCAAGAAUGGCGACUAUACCGAACCCAGCACCUCCACCCGCGAACGCAAACGCCGGAAACCUCGACACGCCACGCCCGAUCCCGGUUCCGGCUCAGACUCUUCGCCCCCAUCCUCGCCGGCCUCCGUGCGCCGCCUUCUCGAGCCAUACUCCAAGCCCCGCCUCGUCGCAUUCCUCGCGGGCGCGGCGGCCGCAGACCCCGCUCUGCUCGCGCGCGUCCGCGCCGCCGCGGACGCCUCCCCCUCACACCGCAGGAUCUUCGUCCACGGCCUGCCCCCGCAUGCCGACGGCCCCGCCCUCCAGGCGGCGUUCUCCGCGUUCGGCCCCCUCUCCGACUGCCACGUCGUCGCCGACCGCGCCUCCGGGCGCUGCAGGGGCUACGGCUUCCUAACGUUCCUCUGCCGCUCCGCCGCCCGCCUCGCGGUCCGCGCGCCGUGCGUCGUCGUCGCGGGCCAGCCCGUGUCCGCGCAGUUCGCCUCGGCCGGCCCCGACCCCUCUGGCGCCGCCGCCGCCGCCGGGAGGCGGGUGUACGUGACCAACGUCGCGCCGGACGCGAGCGCGGAGAGGCUGGGCGCGUUCUUCGCGCGGUUCGGGGAGCUCGAGGGCGGGCCGUUCGGGUUCGACGCCCAGACGGGGAGCUCCCGCGGGUACGCGAUGUUCCUGUACCGCGCGGCGGAAGGCGCCAGGAAGUUGCUCGAGGAGCCGUACCGAGUCUUCGAGGGCCGCACGCUGCACUGCCAGCUCGCUGCCGACUCCGCGCGGAAGAAGAGCAAGCCGUCGUCAGCAUCUUCUUCCGCCGCGCCGCCGGGGGCAGCGUCCACCGCGCUGCGUCCGGUUCUCGAUGCCGUCGUGGCCGCCGGCGCGGGAGACCUUGCGAUGUACGCGCGGAACCCCGCACAGGCCGCGGCGUUGCUCGGGCAGAACCCGGUCCUGGCAGCCGCCGCGCUCAGCUCUGCAUUGGCAUCCGCUGGGGUUGAGCUGAGUCCGGCAGCGCCGACGGCGGCGCAGAGCCCGGCAGCCUUCAGUCAUGGCUCUUGCCCUGUUGCUGCUGCUGCGGCGACGAGGAGCCCGUCUGGACCAGCAGUGGCACCACCACCGGCGAAGGUUUGGAGCAGACCAAAUGAUGCUGCGGGGCUGCUUGGACCGUACAAGCCGCCGUCCUCUGACCUGCAGCGACCGUCCUCACCGGGGAGGAAAUGGGCAAUGCUAGGGAACUGA